UUAGAUCUGUGUUUAGCGCUUCUCGCAGAGUCGAGUUACGUGCUGCACCGUUUCACAAGCGUCAAGUGUUUCAACAGGCGUCACAGCCGCGCGCACUGAUUCACACGCACUGACUGGAAGAUUCAUGCGCGUUUCUUCUCCGAUCUGUCUGUCGAUUAGUCACAUUCACAGCUCGGUUCAGGACAGUUGUAAGGACUUCUGCCUGUGUCCGAGGGAUCUUAAAAUGUUGGGGAACAAGAAGAAACCGGCGGCCGAAACUAAACACAAAGCGCAAGACCUGAAAGUGCACGAUCCGCUGCGGAAACUCGGUGUGUUGGACGAUGAAGAUGUGCGUGCGAUGCUUCGGGGAUCAAAGGUGGUGAAGGUUCGAUCUCCGCGUUGGCGGAAGGACAGGAGCCUUAAGCUUUUGGAGGACUGCGUGACUGUGUGGUGUGAGUCCAGCAAAUCUUCCCGCAAGAGCGAGACGGAACAGACCUUCUCUGUGACAGAGGUGGAGUGUGUACGGGAGGGCUGUCAGUCAGAAUGUCUGCGGCAGAUUGCGGGUUUGUUUCCGGAGAGCCAUUGCUUCACCGUGGUGUUUCGCGGAGGCAGGAAAAGUCUGGAUAUUUGCUGCCCCACUCAAGAGGAAGCUCAGCACUGGAUACGAGGCAUCCGCACGCUCAAAGACCGCGUGGGCAACAUGAGCCAGAAAGAAAAGCUGGACCAUUGGAUUCGAGGCUAUCUGAAACGUGCAGAUCAAAACCAGGAUGGAAAAAUGAGCUACAAUGAGGUGAAACACCUGCUCCAGCUGAUCAACAUUGACCUGAAUGAACAGUACGCACGCACCCUCUUUAAGAAGUGUGAUCGGUCCCAUGAUGGACGACUGGAUCACAUGGAGAUUGAGGAGUUCUGCCGGGAGCUGAUGCGCAGGCCAGAGCUGGACGCGGUGUUGCGGCAUUAUUCCAGUAACGGAUGUGUGCUCACCACCAUGGAGCUGCGGGAUUUUCUGGGCGAUCAGGGCGAGGAUGCAUCGCUGGCUCAUGCUCAGAAACUUAUCCUCACUUAUGAGCUCAAUGACUGGGCCCAGAAGAAUCUGUUCAUGACUCAGAACGGUUUCACCAUGUACAUGCUGUCAAAAGAAAAUGACAUCCUCAACCCCGAUCACGUGGGUGUGUAUCAAGACAUGAGCAGACCACUAAGUCACUACUACAUCUCUUCUUCUCAUAACACAUACCUCACCAAAGAUCAAGUGACCAGCACCAGCAGCACAGAGCCUUAUAUCAGGGCUCUGAUUCAAGGCUGUCGGUGUGUUGAGCUGGACUGUUGGGACGGUGAUAAAGGAGAACCCAUGAUCUUCCAUGGUCACACGCUGACCUCUAAAAUACCCUUUAAGGAAGUAAUUGAGACCAUCGCACAGUAUGCCUUCAAGACGUCUCCGUACCCUCUGAUUUUGUCUGUGGAGAAUCACUGCUCCGUGGAGCAACAGGUGGUCAUGGCCCAGCAUCUUCACUCCAUUCUGGGCAAAAAGCUUCUUACAAAGCCACUAAAUGAUCAACUACAACAUCUGCCUUCACCUGAGGAGUUAAUGGGGCGGAUCCUGAUUAAAGGGAAGAAGUUGAGUGGUGAUCUGACAAAGACUGACAGCUGUACUAGCUUCACAUCUAGCUCGGAUGAAGAAGUAGCUGCUGGAGGGGGCAGAAAGGGCAGAAAGGAUUCUGGGAAGCCUGUGACCUCUAAACUGAGUCCUGAGUUGUCAGAUUUGGUGGUGUACUGUCAGAGUGUACUCUUCCAGGGUUUCGAUGCAGCCAAUCAGAGUCCCACUAGUGAGAUGUCAUCUUUUUCUGAGAACGAGGCGCUCAAACUGAUCAAAGAAUCAGGAAAGCAGUUUGUUCGACACAACAGCCGACAGUUGAGCAGGAUUUAUCCAUCGGGUCAAAGGCUACAGUCCUCCAACUAUAACCCGCAGGAAAUGUGGAACGCAGGCUGUCAGAUGGUGGCUCUGAACUUCCAGACAAUAGGAGAGCAGAUGGAUCUGAACCAGGGCCGUUUUCUGCCCAACGGUCGCUGUGGAUACAUGCUAAAGCCUGAGUUCAUGUGUCACCCCAAAUCUAAUUUUGACCCUGAAAAUACAGGUGGAGGGCCAGGACACAUACCAACACAGCUUACUAUACGGGUGAUUUCAGCCCAGCAGCUUCCCAAAAUAAAUACUGACAAACCCAACGCCAUCGUUGACCCUCAGGUCUGGGUGGAGAUCCAUGGAGUUUCCAUCGAUAAGGCUCGUGCCAAAACCCAGCGCAUUGACAACAAUGGUUUCAACCCACGCUGGAACUGCACUCUGAGCUUUCAAUUGCAGGUGCCUGAAUUGGCCUUGGUGCGCUUUUUGGUGGAAGAUCACGACCACACAGCCAAGAACGAUUUUAUUGGCCAGUUCACUCUGCCCUUCACCAGCCUACGAAUAGGUUAUCGUCAUGUACAUCUGCUAAAAGCAGACGGCUCCAGUCUGUCUCCUGCCACCCUUUUCGUCCACGUGAAGGUGGUACGUCGAGGAGUUUCUAUUAAAUCCGUUUCGGAGAGUUUGGGCAAGUGAUGUUCUUUCAUCAUGAUUCCCUGGAUUGGUUAUUUCUGGAGGUACCCUAUUGAAGGACAAACCCAUUAAUUGGGCUCUUAAGAUGAAGGAACUACCAGCAGCACCUGUGAGACCACUGAGACACAAUCGACUCAGUGUUUGUAGAUCGGUUGCUGAUUUAUUAGCACUAUUCGUUGUCAAUUUGUUGAUCUGAUCUGAAACCUGACAUGUUACGGACUGGUUAAUGUCGAGUGUAAAAGUUUUACAGUAUGAAGUCAGUAUUGUUUGAAGCUACUUUACAAGUCAGUAUUUUUAUUUGUCUUAAAAAAAGGACAACAUGUCUAUGGAGUCUCUGUGAGCCUUGAAAUAAGAAUUGUGAACAUGUUAACCUACUGUUACAUUAGGGCCUCUGCUAGAUGUAUAGGGCCUGGGACAAAAUUAAUGACGUGCUGACCUUCAGGAACAGUAAGAAUGUGAUGUAGAGGAAAAAACAUGGCAUAGAUGUUUUGAUUCAUUUGAACACCAUAAACAUCAUUAUAAAAGAAGAAGAAUAUAUCAGAAUAACAUUUAUCGUUUUAAGUAUGACUAAUGAUGAAAUUAGUGUUUUAACCUUUUUAACACAUUAUGUCUGAGACAGAAGUUUUUAUCAUUAAUGCUAAAAGCAAGCAUUGUACAGUGUAUAUUUAGUAUCCUUAGAUGCUUUGUAUGCCUUUCUAGAUAUUCCUGUACUGUUACAACAAAUAGAUUAAGAUUUCAUGAUCACGUUUGUUGAAUCAUCAUAGUUAUAGCAUUAUAGAGAACCGUAAGGUUUUAGUUUAAUUGUGUUUUGUCUGCUUUUGUACUAUGCUAAACUAGACAAGAUAUAUAUUGCAUAUAUAAUGUAAUAUAGUAUCACACAUUAAUAUUUUAACUGCUAUGUUUUUAUCGCAGAUUUUAUGUUUUUAGUUUAGAAACCGUACUCUGUGAUCUUACUUGCUCAUACAGUAUUAUUUGUGUGUGCGUGCUGAUUUUUUAGGCUUACAGAUUAUUACUAGAUUACUUACUGUAUUACAGCAUGUUAACAUUGAUGUAAUUAAUUUUAACGAGUAUUUAUUUUUCUGUUAUCAAUGCAGUUCAUUACUUAAUACUUGUUUAUUUUCUUGUGUAUUUUGGAAAACAUGUAGUGUGCCAUAGUGCUAAUUGUUUGUUUAUUAGUGAUUUUUUUUGUAAGAUGUAGCGCCUUUGUAAGCAUGCACACAUUUUAUAAAUCUGUUUUUAUUACAACUA